CGACCGAUGCAAGUUCGAAACCGCUCUAGGCCCAUUUAGGGUUCCCUACUUUUUUCCGUCAUAAAUUAGUGACGAACGGAAUUUCCCUACUCCAAUCAAUCUCCGCCUUCAUCAUGAAAUCCGGCGACAACUCAUCCACGGCGGCCCCACCGCAAUCGCGAUCGAGUUAUGCCUCGUCCGUCACCAGAAUAGCGGUGGCUCAGAUCUGCGGCGCAGCCGGUUACGCGGCGGCGGAAUCCUCGGCCAUCGCGGUCCUGACGGACAUCGCCGCCCUGUACCUGAACGCGAUCGGCAAAUCCGCCGCGUCCUCCGCCAAUUCCAGCGGCCGCACGGACUCCAACCUCCUCGACGUCGCGGCGGCGCUGGAGGAGCUUGGCUCCGUGCAGGGGUUCCCCGGCGCGUCGGAUCCCCCUUCUUCUUCAAAGUCCACCUUAUUAAACUCCGCCGUGAUCGGAGGCCUCCAAAAGUUCGUCAAUUACACGGAGGAGACGCCGUUCGCGAGGCCGCUCCCGAGGAACGUUUUACACCGAAGAAAAACGAAGCUGCCGCUAAAACGGGGCGCCGGCGAGUAUGACUCGGAGAAGCUCAGGCACGUCCCCAAGUGGUUGCCGUCGAUGCCGGAGAUCGAGAGAGACGCGAAAGGGGAGGAGAAAUUGGGAUUCGGCCGGAGAAUAGAAUCUGAAUCGGAAAAUCAGGAGGGAAAGGGAAAGAACUCGCCGGAAAGAGGAGGAAAAGGAAACGAAUUGCCAUGGAAUAGGAGAAGAAUAAGGUUUAAGGUCCGGAAGCGGGGGGAAUCGAUCAGGGAAUGUAGCCAUGGAGUUGGUAGGGGAGCAAUGGGGAAGCGGGUUUCAUGGGCGAAUCUGAAUCUGAAUCUUAGUGGGAAAUCUUUGAUUAGCACAAAGAAAUUCGAAUUGGAUCGACCAAAUAGUAUGGUUAUGUUGUGACCAAAAAUUUUGCACCAAAACGUUUUGGACCGAAGUCACACAUAGGGGUUUAUAAAUAUGUGUGUGUGCAUUAUUUUCUUGAAAUAUAAAUAAGUACAAUAAUUUUUAUACCAUGUAAGAUUAUAGAGUUUUUGUAUUUGUAUAAUAUACUCUCUUUCUCUCGUAAUAAGUUAUUUUUUUUUAU